GCGAGAAGACAAAUAACAUUUAAUAAAAUUUAAACAACGAUAUCUCAAUUUUAAUAUGGUACAAGACGGAAAUCCUCCUGAUGAUAAUGUGUUUAGAGCAUUUUGCAAUGCUCUCUACAAUACAGUCGAUGCUCCGGUAACAUGGUUCCGAGAAACUGUUGUCGAACCAAACCAGAAGAAGUACCCUUGGUAUCAUCAAAACUACCGUCGUGUACCGACUAUUGACCAGUGCUACGACGACGACGUCGUUUGCGACUUUGAGGCUAAUGCUCAAUUUAAACGAGACAGGGCAGUAGACUCUGAGAUAUUAAGCAUUCUUAGGCAACGCUAUGAAGAUUGCAUGAUGUAUGAGCAACCAGACCAUGCAACUAAAUGCAGGUCUCUUUGGGACAAGUACAAGUCUGCUGAGGAAGCUUGGUUCAUUAAAUAUGGUGACCUCGGUGCUUAUGGUGAUGCGCGAAAAGCUUACAUGAAGCAGAAGCAUCGCAUGGUCUGGGAACGACGCAAUGGUCCCUUAUCAGACCUUACAAAGUGAUCAUUUAAAUCAGUUAUAAAUAGUAGAUAAAACUUGUUGUUGCAAUAAAUAUUCAUAAUCCUCUGUCUUU